UGCACAUUUUAUGUUUGAAAACAUAUAAACUAUGACCAGAUGUAGCACAUUGUUUUCAAAACAAGUACAUGUAUGAUUUGGACAGGACCAGUUUUCAAUAGUUACAGCUCUCAUUUACUUCUGUAUUGUACAUGUAUUCAAAACAAGCAAUUUGUGUUGUGUCAAAGCUUUAGCGAGGGUAUUCCUCACCAUCAGUAAUACCUCUUAUUUGAUGCAGUAAAGAAAGUAAAUUUACAUUUCAGUAAGUGUUUGAUUGUUCCAUUGUUCAAUGCACAUGUGAUAUACAGACUACAUAUAUUUAUAGAUAGCACAUAAUAGUUCUAAAUUUCUAAUUGUUCAUUAUGCUUUUGUAGAUUGACUGCAGUGUCAUGCUGUUAAUUGAUGACAAUACGUUGAAAUCAUACUUACCUGCGUAUGGUGAUAGAGUGUCGGCAAUAGCUUUCUGCAGGUCUCAAACUGAAGGUGAUCUGUCAAGCACUGAAAGUAAUCAGUGCUCAAAUGCAUUGAAUGAAUUACGUGGGAAAUGGAAAAAAGAGCGAUCUACUCUCCGCAGCUGUGGUUUCAAAGCUGGAAAUGCUUAUGUGGAAAGGACCAUAAGAAGAUUGGAGCUAGGAUGGAUGGAUUACAGCAACGAAUCCAUGUGUUAUAAGCAAGUGUGGCAACGAUGUGGAGGUGGUGUCCGCCAUCUCACAGUUGAGAAAACACUUUCUUUAAAGGCAGUCCUUAACCAUGCUUUAGAUGCAUUCUUUCCAUCCGGCGUUUCCCAACGAAGUAUUCUACAAGAGUUUGAAUUAAAACUGAAAGACUUCCAAGGCAUGUGUGUCAAUAUGGAAAAGACAAUCAACGAACUCUAUAUUGAGUCAAAAUUAAAGAUACUUUGGGUAUAUUUAUAUUCCAAAAAGAAGACUGAAAAGGUAGGAGAAGAGGUGCACACUGCGACCAACAAGCCAUCCAGUACAGUGGAAGAGGUGGCACCAGAGGUUCAGAUUGUGACCACGGCGCCAAUUGCUGUUCGUGACGCAACUCUUCUCGCAUCCAAUGAGUGCAUGGUGUACCUACUCUUGGACUUUGGCCAUACAGUUACUGAUAAAGCAUCAUUAUGGCAUAUGAAUAUACUUCAGUGAUCAUGCUAAUUUCAGUCUUCGUCAGAUGAGCUUGACCAGCACACUGUAGUGUCAUUGCCAGACUUGUAGGACUGGUCACCUCCCUCGUCUGGUAUACAGUGUGAGUCACACAGAUGAGAGACACUCCAGGCGUUUCGACAGGAGAACUGCUCAGAUGACAUUGAAUUAGGAACACCUACUGUGGUGACAAAUAGGCAGAAGUACAUGGUAAGAGUUUGUUUCCAGUAGUAACAUUUUCUAUAACCAUAACGGAUGCUUAAGGGGACUUUUGCAUCCUGCUAAGAAUUCGAGGGAUAGAUGCUAAGUGCUCGAGCAUUGCAACUGAAGAAUGAGGUGUAUUUCAUGUAAAAGUAUGGCAUUAGGACCUAUAUUUUGAAGUUUCACCGAAUUCAUUAUCAAAAGCUUUCUACAAGCACGCCAGUGGAAGUAGGACAAAGAUUAAUAUAUGGAAAUAGAUUUUAUUAGCUCACCUGUCACAUAGUGACAAGGUGAGCUUUUGUGAUCACCCUUCGUCCGUCGUGUGUCCGUUUCGUGCAUCCGUCAACAAUUUCUUGUCUGCACGAUAGUGGUUUCAUUUAUGAUUUUAUUUUAACCAAACUUGCACACAACUUGUAUCACCAUAAGAUCACGGUUCCUUUCUUGAAUUGGCCAGAUCCCAUUAUGGGUUCCAGAGUUAUGGCCCCUCAAAAGCCAAAAUUAGCUAUUUUGACCUUGUCUGCACAAUAGCAGCUUCUUUUAUGAUUUGAUUUUAACCAAGCUUGCACACAACUUGUAUCACCAUAAGAUCUUGGUUCCUUUCUUGAACUGGCGAGAUUCCUUUAUGGGUUCCAGAGUGAUGGCCCCUGAAAGGGCCAGAAUUAGCUAUUUUGACCUUGUCUGCACAAUAGCAGCUUCAUUUAUGAUUUGUAUUUAAUCAAACUUGCACAAAACUUGUGUCGUCAUAAGAUCUCGGUUCCUUUCUUGAACCGGCCAGAUCCCAUAAUGGGUUCUAGAGUUAUGGCCCCUGAAAGGGCCAAAAUUAGCUAUUUUGACCUUGUCUGCACAAUAGCAGCUUCAUUUAUGAUUUGAUUUUAACCAAACUUGCACACAACUUGUAUCACCACAAGAUCUUGCUUCCUUUCUUCAACUGGCCAGAUUCCAUCAUGGGUUCCAGAGUUAUGGCCCCUUGAAGGUCCAAAAUUGGCUAUUUUGGCUUUUGCAGCCAUAUAGAGACUUCAUUUAUGGUUUUAUUUGAUACAAACUUCCAAAAUACCUUCAGCAACAAGAAAUCUUGGAUUCCAUGACAAAACAGAUCCAAUCAUAGGUUCCAGAGUUAUUUUAUAUCUGAUUACCUCCCCUGAUUGUAAUCAAAAUGGAUUUAUAUCAGUAACUUUUUUUAUUAUUGGCCGUAGGGAAAACACGAGACCAGUUUUCUGUGGUACAACAUGGAUGGUACCUCCAAUUUUUAGGUGUAUUUUAACAUAUCUAUACCUUGUAAGAUUUUUUUUUCUUUUUGGUUAAAUUUCUUCCCUUUGUUGUUCCUGUCCUUUGGACUUAGAUAUUUUUUCUGAGGACCUUCUUGUCCUAAAGUGCAAUGAUAACAGGUGAGCGAUAUAGGGCCAUCAUGACCCUCUUGUUUUAAAAUUUCAACCAAU